CAAACCACCAUGAAAACUUACUCCAUCCUCAUCGUUGCCGGUCUACUUUUCAACGGGAUUCUCCACAUUGCCGCCCAGACGAAUGACGUAUCUAUCGCUAGUAUCGUGACAGACGCUUUCUUCAAUGGAAUCGUGGACCAAUCGGAUGGCGGUUGUGAAGGAAGAGGGUUUUAUUCACGUGCCACUUUCCUUGAAGCCGUGGGAAACUAUCCCCAAUUUGGUAGGGUCGGUUCCGAAGAAGAUUCGAGGCGGGAGAUCGCAGCAUUCUUCGCCCAUGUCACUCAUGAAACCGGACAUUUUUGCUUCAUCAAUGAAAUAAAUGGAGCUUCCCAAACUUAUUGUGACGUAAAUUUUCCUCAAUACCCAUGUAACCCUAGCAAAAGUUACUACGGGCGAGGUCCGCUCCAACUGACAUGGAAUUACAACUACGCUCAAGCGGGGAGUAGCAUUGGGUUUGACGGACUGAACAAUCCUGAAAUCGUGGCCACGGAUCCACUCAUCUCUUUUCGUAGUGCAUUAUGGUAUUGGACAACCGCUGUUCAAUCAGUCAUAGGCCAAGGGUUUGGAGCGACUAUCCGAGCCAUCAAUGGACCGCGCGAAUGCGAUGGUGUCAAUCCGGACACAGUUAGUGCUCGUGUUCAGUACUUCACCGAGUACUGUAACCAACUUGGCGUUUCACCGGGCGAUAAUCUUCGAUGUUAGAUUAUGUGAAAAUGUGAUUUUCUAGCCUUGGAUACAAUAUUGAAUAACUUUGUUUAUCCUAUCAGACACUUGAAAUAUGUAUACGUAUUUGUUUUGGUAUGAUACAGUUGUUCCAUUUGUAUCA